AACUGUCUUAAUACGAAAGUGAUAAAAAAGAAGUGUAAAAAUACAGACACCCCCACUACCCCACCGUCACUCCUCAUUUUAUUGUCUAGAAAUCUCCAUCCCCCAACACCACCCCCCACUAAAAUCACUCUCUCUCUCCCUCUCUUCCAACACUCACUGCCUUUCAUCUUUGAAGUUCUAUCCUCUCUAAAGUACAUCUGUUUCUCAUAUUUUAGUACACGAACCUGCAUCAUUCAUGGCUGUUUUAGUGUUUUUAGGUCUUUUCUUGGCCCUCACUGGCCAUUCAAGUGCUACUUACUGCAUAUGCAAGGAUGGGGUUGGUGACACACAGCUGCAAAAGAGCCUGGAUUAUGCUUGUGGAGCCGGAGCUGACUGUACCCAAAUCAUUCAAAAUGCCCCUUGUUACCAGCCCAACACUGUAAAAGAUCACUGCAGCUAUGCUGUUAACAGCUACUUCCAGAAGAAGGGCCAAGCUGUUGGGAGCUGUGAUUUUUCAGGAACUGCCAUGACUAGCGCCACUCCCCCUCAAAGUGUAGCCUCUGGGUGUACAUAUCCUGCAUCUGCAACUCCAAGCACAGGGACAGGCAACACCCCAACAACCACCACUCCAAGCACAGGCACAACACCCACCGGCACAGGCACAACACCUACAGGCACAGGCACCGGCACCAGCACAGGCACAGGCACAGGCACAGGCACAGGCACAGGCACACCUUCAUCUAUAAUUCCUACCCCGCCUUCAUCAGUGUUCAACUCAGGAUUGGGCCCAACUGGUUUCAAUGAUAAUAGUAGUGAGGCUCCUGCUUUUAAGGGCACUAACUUGUGGUUCAUUGCAUCUUUGACCCUCUUGUUUUCAGGCAUAUUUUUGUUCUGGGGUUGACGGUGAGAAGCUAAAGGGGGGGCAAGGCGGUGGGGGUGGGGUUUGAUGUGUAGAUUUGAUUUUGCAGCGGAAGGAUGGGUAGGCAUGUAAUUUUACGUUGGGGUUGUGGGGGUCCAUCUAGAGCCAAACCUCACUAGGGUUUUUUGGCUCUUUCCCUCCACCUAUGUGAAAAAGCUAGGAAUUUGAUUCCUAUCGAGUGGAUGAUAUGACUGCUGUUGGGGAACCUGAUCUCUUCUUUUUAGAAUUUCUCCUUUUGUAUAUCUAGAGAGAGGUUGUAGUAUUUUUUUAUAUUAAUCUAAUGAAAAAUUGGCCCA